UUUGUUAUUUAUUGCUAAAAUUUAUUUUUAGUUUUUUCAAUAUCUCUUAAAAUAUACAAUAAAAAUGUGAUUGUAUUUUAUAAAUUAUAUUAUAUAAGUAAAAUAUAAUUUAUUUAUUUUCCUGUAAUUGUAAGAGCAAAAAUCUAGUAUUUUUGGGCUUUGCGAGUUUGAGGCAAGACUGGGUCAAUUUAACUCGAUUGAUGUUUCUUAUUUUGAUCUAUUAUUUUGUGAUAAAACUGUUUUUGUUUUUGAAAUACUAUCAAUUGUUAAUUUUGUUGUAGAUUUUUAGUUGAUUUUUUUAUCAAUGAAUAAUUAAUGAGAUGAUAUUUGGGAGGAUUUAUCAGUAGUAUAUUUUAGUUUUUUUUAAUCAAAAUUUUGGUUUAAAAUUUUGAAAUAUAUAGUUGAUAUUAGUAGAGAAAUUCCCUAAGAUAUCAUUUUUUAAGUUUUUGUCACAAAAAUAGUUCUCAAUGAGAAAAAAUGACCAAAAGAAGUUUUAUUAAAGGGUAAAAAAUAUAUUUUACUCUAGAGUUAACUAAUCUAGAUUUAGAGUUUAAAACUGAGGUGGACUUUUGGAGAUAGAAUUUCAAAUUUAAAAAACAAAAAAUUAAAAUUAAAAUUUUCAAAUGAAAAUGCUAUUUUGGUUAUUUUUUAUGGCUAUUUUUGUGACAAAAACUUAAAAAUAACUAUUUGAGAGAAUUGUCCAAUAACUCUUUAAAUGCGGUUUAUCUAAGACUACGAUUAUCGCGGUUUCCAAAACCGGUUUCUGCAGGAUUUUAACCUGUGGGCCCCACUUUUUCAAAAAAAAACGGUCUCCAAAGUCGUGAGUUAAGGAUCGAUCUUGGGCUAGUUUUUGUACAGUUUGCAGGGUCCACGGACACGUGACGGCUCGGUUCAAUUUUUUUUUUUUAAGGACAAAAAAAAAAUCAACCCAUAACGGUAUCACUAAUCAUUCUCUAAUGCAACAUGGAGUUUAUUUUGUAAUAAUCUUGUCGAUGUCCUUGGAGAUUGUUAUCAGCUAGAGAGAUACGUUGUGGCAGACUUGAACUUAAAAGAGUUUUGGGAUCAUGUUCGAAAGGAUACAUAAACAUAGAGAAAGUGGUUCCCAUGAUCUCUGACAGACAAGAUCCUACGUGGGUCAUUGUCAUAACGACAACAGAAAACAACAAACAUCUCUCAUAUUUGACCGUUGGAACAAAUCUUUACCUCAUGCAAAGUCGUUAAACUGUUUCUUAAAGACCCCAAAAUAGAAAAACAAAGAGAGAGCUAGAUCUUUUGAGUUGUGUACUCCACAGAAUCUAGGGCUCCUCCUAGUUUCUCGCGAAACAAAAACGAAUCAGUGUCUCAUGGUCCUAAAGAUUAAUGACAUUCUGUUCUUCAGUUUUCUCUCUCCGGAUUUUCGUUAUCGACGAACAGGGUUUGCUGCAACUUUUUGACCACCAUGCAGUGACUUAACGGAAAAAACAAAAGCUUCGAGUAUUUUUUUGUUGUUUGUAACGGUCUUUUCGUCCUCAUCUCUUGUUUCUUGAGUUACAAGUCUUCUCUCCUGUGAUUUUAGAAUUUCUCAUUGUACUAGCUAGGGCGUUUCAAUUUCUGAAAAGUCAUUGAUUCUACAUUUGGCUCUCUCUCCUUCCUCCUGACACAUAACCUUCGAGAGAGUCAAUUACAUCUUGAUCAUCCAUCUGAUGAACCUGAGAUUCUUGGGUUUUAUACUUGGGGAUCAAUGAGGAGAUAGUAUUUGUUCUUGAUGCACACGGAGAUUGUGAAGUUGUCUGGAGUAUUAUGGGUUGCAUCUUCUCAAAAAGAAAUACAGAAGAAGAAGAAGAAGAAGUUAAUGUUCAACAUGAGAAACCUCAAGAAACAUCCUCAGUUCAAUUGAUUGCGCCUACAACCUCCCAGAAAGAUGACUUUUCACAUAAAUCCGUGGACGGAAGCUCAUCGCAUAAAGCAUCUGGUCGAGGCAGCGGAUUGAUUGUUCCUAUAGACGAUAGUGAUGGUAAAACGGUAAUUGUGGAGAGACCCACAAGGUCCCACCGGAGAUGUUCAACAGCAGAUGUUGGAACAGGAGGAGGAUUUCAAUUGUUUCAGCAGCCCCCGAGUAAUGUUAUCUCAAGUAGCCCCGAGUCUGAGCUCACUGCAGCUGGAUGGCCUUCUUGGCUAACCUCUGUUGCUGGUGAAGCCAUCAAGGGUUGGGUUCCUCGUCCGGCCGAAUCCUUUGAGAAGUUGGACAAAGUUAGUUUCUUUUGCCCCUAAUCUUUGGUCUUCACGGCAUGUAUUAAAAUAUUUAAACUUAUGCAGAUUGGACAAGGGACUUAUAGUACCGUGUACAGAGCUCGUGAUCUUGAGACCGGUAAAAUGGUGGCCAUGAAGAAGGUUAGAUUCGUCAAUAUGGAUCCUGAGAGUGUGAGAUUCAUGGCUAGGGAAAUCAACAUCUUGCGGAAACUUGACCAUCCAAACGUUAUGAAGCUCGAUUGUCUUGUCACCUCAAAACUCUCUGGUAGCUUGUACCUUGUGUUCGAGUACAUGGAGCAUGAUCUUUCUGGUCUCGCUCUUAGACCCGGUGUCAAAUUCACAGAACCUCAGGUACAUUUUAUGUCUGAAAAAAAUGUUAACAAGUGGACUAAUAACCAUUGUUGCUUCUUGCAGAUCAAAUGUUACAUGAAACAGCUGCUUAGCGGUCUUGAACAUUGCCACAGCCGAGGAAUCCUCCACCGCGACAUUAAGGGUUCAAAUCUCUUGGUGAACAAUGACGGAGUCCUCAAGAUUGGAGAUUUUGGUCUGGCGAGUUUCUAUCAUCCAGAUCAAGAUGAACCCCUGACGAGCCGUGUAGUCACCUUGUGGUACAGGGCCCCUGAGCUUCUACUUGGAGCUACAGAGUAUGGAGCCGGCAUAGAUCUGUGGAGUGUUGGCUGCAUUCUAACAGAACUUUUCUUAGGGAAACCAAUCAUGCCCGGAAGAACAGAGGUGGAGCAAAUGCAUAAGAUCUUCAAGUUGUGUGGUUCACCAUCCGAUGAUUACUGGCGGAAGACAAAGCUACCACUUGCGACAAGUUUCAAACCACAACAACCUUACAAACGUGUCCUUCUAGAGACGUUCAAGAGUUUGCCAUCUUCUGCUCUAGCUCUUGUUGACAAGCUUCUAUCCUUAGAACCAGAGAAGCGAGGCUCAACUUCAUCAACGCUAAACAGCAAGUUCUUCACAACCGAACCACUCCCUUGCGAGGUAUCAAGUUUGCCCAAGUAUCCUCCAAGCAAGGAACUUGAUGCAAAGGUCCGUGAUGAAGAAGCAAGAAGGAAACGUGCCGAAACUGUGAAGGGACGUGAAGCUGAAUCGGUGAGAAGGGCUUCCAGAGAUUUUAAUCCUGAGGAAGCCAGUAGAACAGGGUCGAGAGGAGAGACGGGAAGAGGCGAUAGAGAUAAAGGAUUUUCUCAUACCAAUUCAAUGAUUCACCCAAGUAUAACAGCAACAUGGAGUAAAAACGAAAGCUCUAGGCACAAUGUAGUAGAGCUGAAAGCUACCCGAUCUAGCAAUGUGCCAGUCACAGCAAGAUACUUGUCUCCUUCAUAUAAAGAUGACGCAGCCAUUGAACCCACGACGACAUACAGACGCAAGAAGAACAGAAUGCACUGUUCAGGUCCAUUGAUGCCUCCAGGUGGAAACAUUGAGGACAUUCUGAAAGAGCAUGAGAGGCAAAUCCAAGAGGCUGUAAGGAAAUCGCGGCUUGAGAAAUCUGCAACAAAGAAAAAUCACAAAACAGGUUCAUAAAUAGAAGACAUGAGUGAAGCUUUGGUAACACUAAAAACAUCACCUGAACUGGAAGAAGGAAGACUGACCAUGGCUAUCGGGCUCUGCUUUUUGGUUUUAUGCUGCAAUAGCGACAGUUCUUCAACGUCUUUUAGCAGGCCGUUGCCGCCACAGCUAUGCUUGUGCUACUAAGCUCUGUAAUUAUGUGGUCAUUGUACAUGGAAACUCUUUGUUCUCUCUCUCACAUAUUUUCAUGUGGCUUGGAGAAGCAAAUAAGUGUGUGUACUAUUUAGGAACUGUGUUUAGUUGUGCAAGUCACUCUGCAGAUAUAAGUUUUUUUUUUCCAGUCUUUACACAGAAGUGCAUUUACAUAUACAAGAACUACAUAAGUUGAUGGAUCUUAGAAUCCAUUCAAAUAUUAUGGUUAGAGUUUGGUCUAACAUAUUAACAGGAAAUGAAUAAAAUAACUUCUUUUUAUUUAAGACAAAAAGUCAUUCUAUUACUCAAACUUGAGGUACUAGAAUAGAAUAACCAACAAACCAAAUGUCCCUAUGAUAUAGGUUAUUUUGCAGUCUUGAAAUCUGCUCUUGAAUCUUGAAUAAAAUAGCUUUUAAUUAUGAAUUGAUAGUGAAAAUAUGAUACUACUGAUUGUAUAAGAUGACGAUAUAGACAAAGGUGAAAGUGAUUCUAUGAUUGUAACCAACUCGAAGUAUAAAACUAGAUAAUUUAAGAUUAGAGAGGAUGUCCAAAAGGCCAAGAUCCCUUUCUCCUUCAUCUUCUUUCUUCUUUUCUAGCUGGUUCUAAGUGAAUCGUAAUGAAAGCUUGAUCUUCAUCGAGAAUCUAGCGCGAUCAAGUUGUCAUUAAUUUCCCAGUUUCUUCUAUGUUUUGAGUUAGCUGUCAAAGCAAUGUUGACUUCCUUAGGGCUUGAUGGACCUUUGUUCUCUUAUGUUUUGUUGUCUCCUUAAUGGGAUCUUAAACUAUUUAUUGGGACGAUCGUUGAAUCAGGUUUAGAAUAGGGUAAACCCCAUCUCCAGCAAUAGUCCCCUCCGAGUUCAGAGUGUUUAAUAUCUUCAUCCAGUUGCGGUGUUGAUUCCAACCUGAUCAUGUAUUUGUACCAGUGGCUUAUGAUUUUCAAAACUCGAUUCAAGACUCUGAUCCUUAAAAGUUAUUAAUGAUUUGAUUUUCUUUCUUUGUAUAUUAAAUUGAUUUGGCCUGGGCGAUCAUUUCCUUUUUUGUGGAGAUAUAAACCAUUUGUCUCUCUCUCUCU